GCAUGCGUGAAGUUACUUGUUUGACGGUGUGAACGUUAUGGCUGUGGAAGGUUGCUCCAAGUGUUUGAAAUGGCUUCUCUUCGUUUUCAACAUCAUUUUCUUUGCCAUUGGGGUCAUUGUCUUGGGUCUAGGCGCAUGGCUGUACGUGGAAUUCGACUCUUUUCUCGACGAUCUUGCAGGAGUCAAGUACCUUAAUGGCCCCAUCUUGCUGAUGGUAGUCGGUUCUAUAAUCACGCUUAUCGCUUUUCUUGGUUGUUGCGGUGCGUGUAUGGAGAACAAGAUUAUGCUUUACCUGUUUGGUAUUCUCAUGAUUGUGACCUUUGCCCUGGAACUUGUGGGUGGAAUUCUUGCCUACGUGAACGAUUACGACGAGGAACUUAAGGCUACGUUGUAUACGACUCUGCCUACUUAUUCCAAUAAUUCUGUCAUCAAGGAUGCUUGGAACACCGCUCAGAAGAACCUAGAUUGCUGUGGUGUUGAGAACUACACAGAUUGGCAGGCCUACCUUGGGCCUCAACGUGUACCAAGUAGUUGUUGCAAAACGGAUCCUUGCACAAUAGCAGGAGGUCCGGAUGGCAUUGUUAAUCUGCAGCUAUUAGCAGACCUUCCUAUAAACACCAUUGGCUGCUAUGAAGAAGUAAAGUCCAAGUUUGAAGGCAACACUGUAGCUGUUGCUGCUGUUGGCAUCAGCUUUGCCGUAGUUCAACUCCUGGGCAUUAUUUUCGCCUUUGUUGUCGGCUGCAAUAUUGAGUCAUCACCAGAAGUGGUGUAAACUGACUAGGACUUUGUUGCUGAACAGUGUGUGUUAACUUUUUUGAUACCAGUGUGGCAAGCUGCAAUAGAAAUUAGUGCAUGGCUGUUUGCUAGCAAUUUGCGAUGCUUUUACAAUGGCAGUAUUUUACAUUUAGGACUGAUUGGCAGUAUAUUUUAGUGUCUAUGUCUAUCUUGCAUUUGUAUGGUCAACAGAGUGCAAUAUAGUUCUACAUGUCAUUUUUCAC